AUGAUGGCGAACGCGAUUUCUCUCACUCAGCCAAGCCUUCGGCCUCCAGCAGCGGGGGUGGUGCAUCCAUACCGCCGUAUCCACGACACUGAUCCUUCAGCCGAUCAGCUCUGGUACUACCCUCCACCCGGCUCACCACCCCAACCACCUGGCUACUGCACCGCUCUCAACCCAUCACAGUCUCAGGCUGAGUCAACAGCCAUCGGCGCGCCUCACUGGCCGCAUGUACCACGAGCUCACCUGUCGCCAGGCUUUUCUCUCCCCCCGCAAAACCCUCUUCUCCUCAACUUUCCUUCCCUCUCCCUGCCAACCGUCGCUGCAACCACGCCUGCUCUCCGACUGUCCUGCUGUGUUCCCCACAACCCCCACCCAUCCUCCGCCAGAGCGUCCGCCUCCUCCUUCUCUCAAAACGGCGCCUCUUCUUAUCCGCCUUACCAGCAACCCCCGUACCGCCACCAACAACCCUCUUUCCCACCACCCCUCUCCUACCCGCCUCCGUUCCCCACCCCAUCACCUUACCCUCACACCCUCCCGCUACCGUCACACUCGUUUCAACCGCAAGCGGCGUCGGCAGCAUGUCCGCCCGGCGUGGCCGUGUUCUGGGACUACGAGAACUGCCCCGUGCCCGUCGGCGCCGACUGCGCUGCGCUCGUGCGCCGCCUGCGCGACUUGGCGCGCGCGUUCGGCGCGGUGCGGAGCGUGCGCGCGUACGGGAAGCCGGAGGAGGUGCAUGCGCGCAUGGUGGGGAAGAUGGGCGCGUGCGGCGUGGAGGUGGUGGCGGUGGCGGCGGGCAAGGAGAUGGCGGACAAGGCCAUCAUCACGGACGCGCUGCUCUUCGCCCUCGACGAACGAGAGAUGAACCGUCGUCCCUCCCUUUCUGCAUCCCUCACGUCAUUCUUCCGUCCUGCCCCUUCUCUUGCAUUCCUGCACCUCCUUGGCACGCCUGCCGCCUGCAGAGCUGUGGCGCCGUGCGUGGUGGUGGUAUCAGGCGACGUGGGGUUCGCGGGUGUGCUGGCGAAGCUCACCAACCGCGGCGUCACCACCGUGCUGCUCGCGCGCCCGCGCAAGAACGGCAGCAAGGGCAAGCGCGGCACCAUCCCCGCGCCCCUCGCGCAGUCGGCGAUGGUGACUCUUGACUGGGACCAGCUCAUCGCCGCGGGGGACAGCGGUGCCGCCGGGGAGAACGGGUGGAGGAGCGGCAAAGCGGGCGACGAUGGUGGUGUUUGCUGA